AUGGCAGAAGGCCCCACUUUUUCUGGAUAUGUACUCGAAUAUGGCAACAAAAUAGGCACAAAAGAUAAGUACCUCGAUAUAGAAUCAAGUACCCAGACUGGCACAGAGGGCCAGCACCCCAACAUAGAACCAGAUAUCCAAACAG